AUGUCCGAGAUUGCUUCAAUUGCCAAAGAAUUAAAAGGUGCUUUAAAACAGUUCCCAAACUUUCCUUCGGAAGGAGUUCUUUUUGAAGAUUUCUUACCAAUUUUUGCUCAACCCGAAUCAUUUCAAAAAUUAGUUAAAGCCUUCCAAUUACAUAUCGGCGAAACCAAGGUUGAUUAUGUUGUUGGGUUGGAAAGUAGAGGGUUUCUUUUCGGCCCCACCUUGGCUUUGGCUUUGAAUGCCGGAUUUAUUCCAGUUAGAAAGCCGGGUAAAUUACCAGGACCAACCAUUUGUGCAGAAUUCCAAAAAGAAUACGGUAGUGAUAAAUUUGAAAUCCAACAAGGGGUUAUUCCAAAAGGUUCUAAAGUCGUUAUUGUUGAUGAUAUUUUGGCAACUGGUGGUAGUGCUUUUGCAGCUGGUGAAUUAGUUAAUAAGUCGGAAGCAGAAAUUUUAGAAUAUUUAUUCGUUAUGGAAUUAGAUUUCUUACACGGUAGAGAUAAAUUAGGUAAACCAGUCUUCACUUUAUUAAGUGGUCAAACCGAAAAAUUAGGUGCUUAA